GGCUGCGCGAGCGCCGGUUCCAGCCACUAGUCAGUUUAAGGCGCGCCGGCGCGCAGGGUGUACGAACUGACAGUGAGUGUGUGUGUGUUUGGCAUGCUGUAAGGCUCAAUAUGGGGUGUUUUAAUUUGAGAUCGCUGCUGUUGGCAGCCAUCGUUAUAAGUAAUUGUAUCACAUGGACCGCGUCCAGGCACUCCUACACACACAAUGUAUCCGGCCACCGCAGAAGACACAGGCGACAGGGCGCCGGGCAGUACCUACCAAAUUCAUACGUGAUCCCAGGAGGGGAGGGUAGUGAGAAGGGCUGGAGCCCGUGGGGGAAUCCCAGCAACUGCUCGCGGCCCUGUGGCGGCGGUGUUGCCAGCCAGAAGAGGAUAUGCCUCAUAGAAGGGUCUGGCGCGAGCUGCACGGGAGGAGACACAAAGUACUUCUCGUGCAACACGCAAGAUUGCCCCGAGCAGAGCGACUUCCGCGCUGAACAGUGCGCUGAGUUCAACGACAAAGCCUUCAAGGGGACCAAGUACAGUUGGGUACCGUACACGAACGGUCCUCGGCCGUGCGAGCUGAACUGCAUGCCGAAGGGCGAGCGGUUCUACUACCGGCAGGCGCCGAAGGUGACGGACGGCACGCGAUGCAACGACGAGUCCUUCGACGUCUGCGUCGAUGGCAACUGUCAGCCGGUGGGCUGCGACAUGAUGCUGGGCUCCAACGCUCGUGAAGACAAGUGCCGCGUGUGCCGCGGCAACGGGACCAACUGUCACACCAACGCCGGCCUUAUCGACAACCAAGAUUACACCCAAGGGUACAACGACAUUCUUCUAAUACCCGAAGGAGCAACAAAUAUUAUUAUAGAGGAGAUAGACAAAUCCAACAAUUAUCUUGCUCUCCGAUCAAAGAAGGACAACAAGUACUACCUGAACGGCGACUACCAGAUAAGCUUUCCUCACACGAUGCAGAUCGCCGGCGUGCCGUGGCAUUACGAGCGCAGCGUGCAGGGCUUCGCGGCGCCUGACAAGCUGCGGUGCUUGGGACCCAUCAACGAGCCACUUUACCUCUCGCUGCUCUUGCAAGAGACAAACGUGGGCAUCAAAUACGAGUACAGCAUCCCGAAAGACCUGGCCCCACCGACCAACGCCACCUACACCUGGACGCACGAGGAGUUCUCUCCAUGCAGCGUUACUUGCGGCUCAGGUUUCCAAACCCGCAACGUAACCUGCCGCACGCGCGACGAGCUAGAAAUUGUGGACGAAAGCCUCUGCGACGCAGGGCUCCGGCCCAUCGCCAACGAGACCUGCCAGCUGGCCGAGUGCAUGCCGGAGUGGGUGCCGAGCCCAUGGGGGCCCUGCUCCAAGCUGUGCGGCUCCGGCGGUUCGCAAUCGCGCUCCGUACAGUGCCAGAAGAUCAUCUCUAACGGGUACCCAUCGAUAGUGGACGAGAACCAAUGCUUCAGACGGCUGGGCGACAAGCCCGAAGAGCACCAGAAGUGCAACGUCAACGCCUCCUGCCCCACAUGGUUCACUGGACCCUGGAAACCUUGCGACAAGCUGUGUGGAGACGGCAAGCAGACGCGCCAGGUGGUCUGCCACAGGAAGACCAACGGCCGCGUGGAAGUCCUGGUAGACGAGAGCUGCGAAGACGAGAAGCCUGAUGCGGAGCAGCCCUGCAAUAUCCACCCGUGUGAUGGUAUCGACUGGGUUAUAUCCAACUGGACCGGGUGUGACUCCUGCGUGUCAAAGUACUACACUCGUGAGGCGCUGUGCGUGACGAAGGACCGUCAGGUUGUGGACUCGAAUCUGUGCUCGUACCAUCGCAAGGCAGAACUGCAGAAACCGUGCGACGAGUCCACACUGCCUGCCUGCGAGUCGCAGUGGUAUGCCACACAGUGGAGCAAUUGCUCAGUAGACUGCGGCGUAGGCGUGAAGACUCGCAAGGUGUUCUGCGGGUUCUUCGACGGCGGCUCCGUACAGCAGGUGGACGAGGCCAAGUGCGACGCGGACUCCAAGUACAACGACACCACGCCGUGCGAGGUCCCGGCCGACAACUGCCCCGCUAUAUGGUUCGCUGCCAACUGGACCGAGUGCACGAAAGAGUGCGACGGCGGCGUGCAGUACCGCAAGGUGAUGUGCCUGAGCGGCGGCAACGCGUCCACCUCAUGUCCCGAAGCUGAAAUGCCUGACGAGGAACAAUCCUGCAACCCUGAGCCUUGCAACAUAGACGAGCUGUUGUCCGUAUCAUCGACGACUGUGAUGGAUGAUGACGAUUUACCCGACUGCGAAGAGGAAGAGGAAGAGGUUGGCGCAGAACUGCUGACCAGCACCUCGGUCAGUGAUAUGAUGUUCAGUGACGCCUCAUCUACAGCAGAAGGUUCCGGGGCCACUGAAACGGAAUUCGACUUCAGCUCUUUCUCAACUGUAACUGGAUCAGAUAUCACUGAAUUAGGCUCUGGCGAAACUGACUUCACCACAGAGUCUAACACUGGAUCUACGGGUACGGGCUCCGAUUUGACAGAGGAGACUGGCUCAACAAGCUCGACUGAGACUGGAGAGACCUCAACACCGGGCUCCACAGACACCGGCUCAACAGUCUCGGGCAGUGAUACCACUGGCUCGGGCGAAACUACGGAAACGUCGUCAGGAUCAUCAGGCUCAGACUCGACCGAGGGCACGGGCUCCACAGUGGCCGGCGAGACCACGACGCCGGGCUCCACGGUGUCUGGAGAGACCACAGUGUCAGGAUCCACGGACAGCUCUACUGGAGUUUCGACCAGCAGUGACACCUCUGCCUCGGAGUCUACCUCUGACUCCAGUUCAACGGUGGCCGGCGAAACUACAACAGCCGGCUCCACUGUGGCCGGAGAGACUACAACAGCUGGAUCCACAGUCAGUGGCUCAACUGAAGUCUCAAGCAGUGAUGCUACCAGCUCCAGCGAACCUACUGAAACGACCUCCGAAGAAACUACGCCUAGUAGCUCAACUUCUGACUCAACGACGGAUAGCUCAGAGACCACAACACCCAGUGGGGAGACCACAACACCCGGCGGGGAGACCACUACACUUGGUUCGGGAACGACGACCUCUGUGGCAGGAGAAACUACAACGUCUGGCUCUAGCGAGGCUACAUCUGAUGGAUCCACGGUCUCAAGUGAUGGUUCAUCUACUAGCCCUGGGGAUAUCAGUUCAACAACCGAAGGUGGUACUACACUUAGUGGCCCUACCGAAACUGGCGGUUCUAGUGAAACUACUGAAACUGGCGGCUCUACACCUAGUGGAUCCACCGAAGUUGGCGGUUCCUCGCCUAUUGAAAGUACCGAAACUGGUGGUUCAUCUUUAUCUACCACGGAGGGUGCCUCCGGCUCGACAGAGGAAGGCUCAUCGACAACUACCCAAGCUGGGGAGACUACUCCAUCGGGUAGCACAGGAAGCGAAGGUUCCACGGAAUCAGGCGCUACAGAAGCCGGAACCGGAUCUACUGACAGUUCUUCAUAUGGCUCAACUGAUGGAACUACCGAAUCUGAUGAAAGUACGCGUUGGGACUUGUCUACCAUACUGUCGACGAAGUCACCGCGCUGCAGACCGAGGAACAAGCCGGCCAAGUGCGUCUCGAGCAAGUUCGGAUGCUGUCCAGACAAGAAGACACCCGCUGGCGGGCCAUUCGAUGAAGGAUGUCCGAGCCCAACCACUUGCAAGGAUACCAAAUACGGCUGUUGCCCCGACGGCGUGUCCCCAGCGGGAGGCCCACGCAACAGGGACUGCCCCGUACCCAACUGCGAGGAGACCCUGUACGGGUGCUGCAAGUCUGACCACAAGACACCGGCCGAAGGCAAUGAUCAGGAGGGAUGCCCGCCGGCUUGCAAGGUCUCCAAGUUUGGUUGCUGCGCGGACAAUGAGACUAAAGCGACUGGACCGCAUAAGGCGGGAUGUCCCGAAACGUCUACAACGACAACAGAGUCUCCCACGGAAGCAACUACGGGAUCAGAUGCAUCAACAGAAACGGGAUCUACAGAAGAAACAACCACAGAAACGACAACCGAGCCUGUUACCGAAAAAUGCGAAAUCGUCGAUGGAAAGGAAGUGUGCCACCCAUGCAGCACUUCCGAGUUUGGCUGCUGCGACGAUGGCGACACAGCGGCGCAUGGACCCAAAAAGCUGGGCUGCUGUCUGCUCACGCCGCACGGGUGCUGCCCCGACAACUACCAGCCGGCGACUGGCCCCAAUCUAGAAGGUAAAGGAUGUGUGCCACCUUGCGGUACUUCCGAGUUUGGCUGCUGCGACGCUGGCAACACAGCGGCGCACGGACCCAACAAGCUGGGCUGCUGUCUGCUCACGCCGCACGGGUGCUGCCCCGACACCUACCAGCCGGCGACUGGCCCCAAUCUAGAAGGUUGUGACUGCAAGAAUGCACCAUUCGGCUGUUGCCCCGACCAAAGGAGCUACGCCACAGGCCCCAAUAACACCGGCUGUGGCUGCGAACAUACUCAGCACGGAUGCUGCCCUGAUAGACACACCGAAGCCACCGGCCCCAACUUCGAAGGCUGCAGCUGCCACACGUACCAGUUUGGUUGCUGCCCCGACGGCAAGACGCCCGCGGUCGGCUUCAACCUCCAGGGCUGCCGCUGCCAGGAGUCCCAGCACGGCUGCUGCGGCGACGGCGUCACGGCUGCCACCGGACCCAACCAGGAGGGCUGUGACUGUGCUUCCAGCAAGUAUGGAUGCUGCCCUGAUGGAGUUACAGAGUCGCAGAGCAAGAACUUUACUGGUUGUGCUGAUGCUCCUGUUAAUAAGCAAGCGGCCUGCGCCCUGCCGUACGUGCAAGGGCCGUGCACCAACUAUUCCAUCCAAUGGUUCUACGACACGGACUACGGCGGCUGCUCGCGCUUCCACUACGGCGGCUGCGAAGGCAACGGCAACCGGUUCGCGGACAAAGCCGAGUGCGAGGAUGUGUGCGUCAAACCUGCUCCUAGAGACGCGUGCCACCUACCCAAGGUGAAGGGAAGCUGCACGAAUAACCCAUCGAUCCGGUGGUACUACGACGACACCUACCAGAGAUGCCUGCAGUUCCACUACGGCGGCUGUCUCGGCAACGCCAACAACUUCGACAAGCAAGACGAGUGCGAGAAACAGUGCGCGCCUAAACAUAACGAAGAAGAACAGUGCCAGCUGCCCAUCGAAGAAGGCCCAUGCGCCGGCACCUUCAGUCGCUGGGGCUACAACGAGACCACGGGACGCUGCGAAGAGUUCCUGUGGGGAGGCUGCGAGGGCAAUCCUAACAAGUUCAUAUCUGAGGCAGCUUGCAUGCUGAAGUGUAAUCCACCAGGCACUAAGAAACCUGUGUGCGAACAACCUCAGGACGCAGGCAACUGCACUGAGAACCUUCCGUACUGGUCCUUCAACCGAGACGAAGAGCGAUGCGUUCCCUUCUAUUACGGUGGCUGUGGAGGCAACGAUAACAAAUUUACCGAUCAGAAACAGUGCGAUGAAGCCUGCCCUAAGUCAUUUGUGAAAGACAAGUGCACACUGCCGGCGUCACCCGGAGAAUGCAGGCAGUUCCGCUUGCGCUGGUUCUUCGACACCAAACACCAACAAUGUCGCCAGUUCCCUUACGGUGGAUGCGGUGGAAACGACAACAACUUCGUAUCCGAGGAUCUGUGUAACUUGGAGUGCAACCGCCCCGCCACUCCGCCACCACCAACGCAACCUGAAGCGACGUGCCUUCAGCCGACCGACGCAGGCGGCUGCUCGGGCCGCGAGGAGCGCUGGACGUACUCCGCCGAGUCUAAAGAGUGUGUGCCGUUCGUGUACACCGGCUGCGGCGGUAACGACAACAAUUUCCCGUCGAAGGAAUACUGCGAGCUCACUUGCCGCCCGCCGCAAGACAUAUGCGAGUUGCCGAAAGACGUCGGCCCGUGCCGCGCCGCGCACCCGCGCUGGUACUACGAUAGCACUAACCAACAAUGUCGUCAGUUCUACUACGGAGGCUGUCUCGGCAAUAAGAACAACUUCAGAUCAGAGGAGGAGUGCCGCAUCGGAUGCGUGCUCACGCGAGCGCCGCCAGCGCCACCACCGACCCAAGACGUAUGCUCGUUGCCGGCGGAAGUGGGUUUGUGCCGCGCGGCGGUCCCGCGGUUCUACUUCAACGCCGCUUCCGGCCGCUGCGAGCCUUUCACCUACGGAGGCUGCGGCGGAAACCAGAACAACUUCGAGAAUGAGCAGGAGUGCGAACAGCGCUGUGCGCCAGCUCCAGUUCCUCCCCCGCGUGAUGUUUCACCCGAGUGUCGCGUGGCAUCCCUCGACCAAUGCCGAGGAGUCGGCCGUAUGUGGUACCUGGACCCGGCUAGCGGGCGCUGCGCCCCGCACGACCCGCAGCCCGGCGCGCCCAGCUGCGACCUGCCCGGCAUCUUCAGCUCGCCCGAGGCUUGCGAGCGCGCCUGCGGUGACUUCAGAGAGAUAGGUGACGUGUGCCGGCUCGUGAAGGACGCGGGCCCGUGCAGCGAGCGCCAGCCCAAGUACUACUUCGACUCGGCCACAGGCACGUGUCAGCCCUUCACGUACGGCGGCUGCUUCGGCAGCGCCAACCGGUUCUCCAGCGAGGCCGAGUGCGAGGCCGUCUGCUUGCCUGGAUUACCUGAUCCGUGCAAGUUGCAGCCCAGUGCAGGCAACUGCAGCGAGCAGAUCGAGAGCUGGUACUAUGACGAGGGCCGUGACGAGUGCGGAGAGUUCUACUACACCGGCUGCGGCGGCAACGAUAACAGAUUCCCAAGUAAAGAAGAAUGCGAGGGACAGUGCAAGAAGGGUGGAGUGCCGGAACCACCACAGAACGAACAGUGCCGCACGCCAGCCUCACUAGAGCCAUGCGGCGAGCCGAGCAUCGCCUUCUACUACGACUCCGCGCAGGCCCGUUGUGCACCCGCCCCGAUCGGUGGCUGUACCGACAACCCGAACAAAUAUAGCACCGAGGAAGAGUGCCUGAGGAGCUGCGGCGAGUUCAGAGGAUUAGACGUGUGCCGCGCGCCGCUUGAUCCGGGCCCGUGCCGCACCUCCACGCAGAAGUACUACUGGAACCUUCGCGAGGGCCGCUGCGAGCCCUACACGUACGGCGGCUGCGGCGGCGGCCCCAAUCGCUUCUCCAACCAGCCCGAGUGCGAGGAGGUCUGCGGACAUCUAGCUAUCGACCCGGCGUGCGGGCUGGCGCCGGCGCCGGGCGCGGCGUGCCCGGGCAGCAGCACCGCGGGGCAGCAGCGCUGGCACCACAGCACGCUGUACGGGGAGUGCCGGCUCUUCGUCUACUACGGCUGCGAGGGCAAUGGCAACAACUUCUUGACCAAAGAGGAGUGCGAGCAGCACUGCAGCCCGCCGCCGGCCGGCAACGACCCCAGCGUGAACGAAGUUACCGGCUGCGAGGCGGCACAGGCUGAGUGCGCGGCUCUGUCCUGCGCGUACGGCGUCGACAGGACUAGGGAUCCUUACGGCUGUGAGAGGUGUACCUGCAUAGCUCACCCGUGCGAAACCAAGAGGUGCCCCGACGGCCUACGCUGCGUGGUAGUUGUUAACUAUGACGCCACCACCGGGAGCACACAAUAUGUCGGAGACUGUGGAAUAGCGGAGAAACCCGGCACGUGUCCCGCGGAGGAGGCAGCGCCCUCCAGCACCUGCCACGUCGAGUGCAACGACGACGCGGACUGCCGCGGCGAGCAGAAGUGCUGCAGCAGCGGCUGCAGCCGGCUCUGCCGCGAGCCCGAGGGCGCAGCGCCAGCGCCUGUCGACUGCUCGGCCGAACAGACUCGAUGCGCGUCGCUGCAGUGCGAGUUAUCAAUCCAAAGAACACGAUUAACGAACGGCUGCGAGCGCUGCGACUGUGUCAGACCUGAACCCAACUGCCAACCUUUCGUGGACGAGUGCAACGCGCUCAAGUGCAACUAUGGACCGAUCACUAGGACCACUGACGCCGAUGGAUGCGAGAGGUGUACCUGCAUAGCUCACCCAUGUGAAGGCAAGCAAUGCCCCGAGGGUCAACGCUGCACGGUAACCGCCUCCUACGACGGCCCAACCGGCAGUACCCAGUACACCGGCGAUUGCGCGAUAGUGGACAAGCCCGGCACGUGCCCCGCGGAGCAGAGCUCCUCCGGCUCGUGCCACGUGGAGUGCAACGACGACGCGGACUGCCGCGGCGUGCAGAAGUGCUGCAGCAGCGGCUGCAGCAGGCUCUGCCGCGCGCCCGCCGCGCCAGAGAACGCAGUCCAGAUGCCCCGUGAGUAUAUGUUUACUAAACCACAAGCGCCAGCACCUAACACUGACACGGAGCACGAAGUGAGCUCAUCCGAGGGCGGUACGGCGACACUUAGGUGCCUGUUCCACAGCAACCCGCCACCGAAGAUCACGUGGAGGAAGGGAGAGAUCACGAUCGAUGGCACUCAAGGCCGCUACCGACUAACAUCCGACGGCGCGCUUCAAAUCGUGUCGCUAUACCGCGACGACUCAGGCGUAUACAUAUGUGUGGCCGAGAACGAACUAGGAUCCUCGCAGCAGGAGAUUGAACUACGUGUUGACGGUCCCGUGGAAGCGCCCGCCGGGAUCGUUGGCGAGUCCGAAUCGGAUGUGAUCGGGGAUAUCGGACAUAGGCUCCGUAUCCGCUGCCUCGCGUACGGAUACCCGACGCCGUCCAUAGCGUGGUACCACCGCCCGACGGCCACUAUGGUUCCAUACGACAGCGCGAAGUACGAAGCUAGAGGGAACGAGCUGCUGAUCAAGUCGCUCGGUAUCGACACGCUGGGAGAGUACACGUGCCAGGUGUUCAACGGGCUCGGGAAGGCGGUGUCGUGGACGGUGACGGUGCGCGCGGACCGCGCGGACGCGAGCUGGCCGGACAGCCCGUACCUGGUGCAGCGCGGCGGCGCACGCCCGCCCCCGCCGCCGCCGCCGGCCCCGCGCACCGAGCCCCCCGCCCCUCCGCAAGGAGAGAGAUCCCCGAUCAUUGAGAUCCCGCCCGUACCUCCGCAGUACACCGUGCCGGUGCGAACAUCGCUCCGCGCGCCGCAGACGGCGCUAGCUACGGGAGGGCGGCUUGAGCUGUCCUGCGAGGUGGACGGCCACCCCGAGCCCCGCGUCUACUGGACCAAGGACAACGUGCAGCUCGCCGAGAGCGACAGGAUCUACAUCACACCGGCCCGUCUUAGCGUAAGCCGAUUGGUUGAAGAGGACGCCGGUGUGUACGGAUGCCACGCCGACAACGGACACAGCAGCCACCACUCCGUGGUGCAGAUCAGCGUGCAGAAACUGUACAUCCCCGAGCUGUGCAAGGAUAACCAGUACUUUGCCGACUGCAAGCUAAUUGUGAGAAGCAAGCUAUGCCGCCACGAAUACUACUCGAAAUUCUGCUGCAAGUCGUGUGUGGAGGCAGGUGCGCUGGACCCUCAGACCCUGGAGUUCCAGGGAGACUCAGCAUUUACCUACAAGAAGAAGUAAACCCGUUAUGUGACCUAUAAACGCCCGUGGAUGCUUACCAUACUUCCACUGUGUGUAGCGGGCUUAGAAUAGUCGCGUUGAUCCAUAGACAAACCGUCACUCUCAAAAUAGACUUCCUUAAUUUUAAAAUUUUAUUUAGGUAACGGGUUAACCGUUUGGCCGAAUGCACCAAAAUUUUGCUAACAAAAAAUGUGAGAGGAUGAUGUUUUGUCCAAAUCGAUAAACGUGGCCGUGUGGUUAUUAGUUUCUGGUAGUAUAGCACGCUAGUCCUUACCGAAAUGUGCCUUGUAAUCUUAAAGUCGAAAAAAAAAUAUAGACAGAAGUAAAUCGAUGAUACCAUGGCAAUGUAGUUCUUGUAAAAAUAAACUUUCUUGCACUUGUAUACUUAAAUGUGAUGAAAUGUAAAAUAGCGAAGAAAGGAAUAGGUUUAAUUCAAUUCAUACCAAACUUACCUUUCGUGGUUAAUAAAUAACUACCUAGCAUAAAUGUUUGAAAAUCGCUCGUUCGCAACUAAAUAGUUACCUAUAAAAUUAAUACAUUAACCGAUUAAGUACACCUAUAGUACAGUCAGCAGCAGAUAUACCUGAGCGGGCAAGGUGUCCAAGAAAACAUAUACGCUUCAAUCGUCACAAAAAUAAGGACAUCUAAGUUGUCAUUUUCACGUAGGCUUUCAGUUCGUCACAUAUAUCUUAACUUCUGAGUUUUUCUUUAACACAUACACCCUUAUUUAAUCACAAUGAUAAUAACGGUUAGAAAGUCAGUGGUAACUAAGCACUCAAAUUCAAGCUGCUGUCAUUAAUACCUACACGCACUGCCAAUCACGUACGUCAGCAGCCAGGGUGCCACCAAUUGCUAAGCAGUUGUUAUUUCAAUGGUAACUAAGCAUCAACAUUUGAUCUGUUUAACUUUUUAAAAAAUAUUGUAGCAGCUACGAAUACUACCAUGACAGUCAACAACUUUUUGACAGUUUAAACGUUUACCUCUCUUUGAGCACCUGGAGUGUAUAGCGACUUCUGCUGCUGACUGUACCUAUCAUCUACUGUACCUAUAUUAAAAAAUUGUGUCACUCAAUUUUAUAGAAGCAUUCCAUGUAUAAUAAAUAAAGCAAUAACUAAUCACGAAAGGGAUCCUCCUAGUGCUAUAAAAUUACAUGUACUAAUAUUUUUUUAAAUAUUUAAUUACUCGGUCAGUGUAGGUACUAAAUAAUAAUAAGUAGUUAUUGUUUAUAGUUUUAAAUGUAUCUGUAUUUUUAUCGUCACCAAGUGCCAUAACAUUUGUUUUGCUCGCGCAUUUCACUUUGACUUUAUUUACAUAGUUAUUUAUUGAUAAAAUUGCAAUCAAGAAAUUAUUUUUAUUUUUUAAUUUGAUUUUAUAGAGAACAUACUCGUAGGUACCAAUAGAUUUAAUGUAGAUAGGAAAUUACUAUUUUACCUAUUAUGUGUAAAUAAAUAGAUAACAUUAACAUGUCACAAUAAGCUCCAUCUGUGAUGGAUUCAGGAUAAUAAUAUAGUUUACAAACUUUAAUGACCUACCCUGAUUGAAUGAUGUUUGAAUUAAAAGUGGGCAAAGUAGUAUUUUUAUAAAUGGAUUAUAGGUACAGUCGACCUCAAAUAUAAUUAUGUUUACACUUUUGCACCUUACUCCUUUGUAAUGAGGCGAAAAAUGUAAACAUAUCUUUGACAUCGACUGUACAAACGGAGCGACAAAUUUAUAAAGCUUACUAAUUUACAUGCAAAGUUGCCUUCUUCCGAAUAUUCUAGAUGACGCCACUAUAAUAAGUUAUUAGAAUCUCACUAAAGCGAUGCCAUCUACAACAUUCGAAGAGAACUUCCCAGGAGAUUAGAUGUCAUGUAAUUAACUUAGGUAAGUAUCUCUAAAAUUUUAAUUCCCAUUAAUCUCGGUUGGUCAUUACAAGUCAGUGAGGGAAAUAAAUUAUUUAUUUCUAAAUACGCAGUUUGGCUAAGAGUAUGCAAUAAAUAAGAUAGCGAUAAGCGGUACCGUGACGUCAUAAUAAUUUGUUACUAGGUAAGUGAAUUUAUAUGUGACAUCAUUGUAAAUAGAAGAAAUUAAAGCUCUUUAAUGAAA